AUGAAGUUAGUUCAUGUCCAAUCCCUUGAACUUCUGGAUCGCAUGUGCAAAGAAGUAUCAAGUUCCAAUGUGGAGCAAAGGAAGAAAAGUGGCGUUUAUUUUUCCAUCUUCUCUUCUAUUGAGAGAGGGAAUUUUGAAUUUAUUUUUGGUAUAGUCAAAGCAAACCCAGAUCUUGUGUGGAGCAGAGAUCACGACUCAAGAUCCAUAUUUUCAUUGGCUGUCCUACAUCGUCAAGCAAAAAUAUUUAGCCUUAUAUACGGGCUUGCUGUGAAGAAAUCUAUGACAAGUUGGAUUCAUAAAAUGGGCAAUAACAUCUUACAUAUGGCCGGGAUGACAGGAGAUUCUACUCUACUAAAUCGAAUCCCAGGUGCAGCUCUGCAGAUGCAAAGAGAACUACAAUGGUUUAAGGAGGUGGAGAGUAUUGUCCCUAUGAGGUUUAAGGAAUUUUUGAACAAUGAUCGUUUAACUCCUAGGGAAUUAUUUACAAAGAACCACAAGGACUUGAUGAAAGAGGGAGAGAAAUGGAUGAAAGGCACAGCAACUUCUUGUACGGUGGUAGGCGCUCUCACUGUUACUAUUAUGUUUGCUGCAGCUUUUACUGUUCCAGGCGGUAACGUACAAGACACUGGCUACCCUAUAUUCUUAAACGAAAAAUUGUUCAUGCUCUUUAUAAUAUCUGAUGCUUUGUCUCUCUUUUCCUCCUCAACUUCAGUCUUAAUGUUUUUGGGAAUCCUUACAUCACGCUAUGCAGAAGAUGAUUUCCUUGAAUCCUUGCCAAGAAAGAUGAUCAUAGGCCUUUCCACUCUUUUCUUUUCCAUUGCAGCCAUGAUGAUGGCCUUUUCUGCUGCUCUUUUAAUUAUGCUACAUGGACAAUCAUGGAUUGUCAUUCCUGUUGUUUGUUUGGCAACCUUACCCAUUACGCUAUUUGUAUUGAUGCAGUUCCCCCUUCUUGCUGACAUGUUCAUUUCAACUUAUGGACCAGGCAUCUUCGAUAAGAAAAUGGGGCGAUGGAUUUGA